CGGAGGUAACGUGUGCACCCAACCAGUUCCAGUGUGCCAUAACCAAGCGCUGUAUCCCACGUGUGUGGGUGUGUGACCGUGAUAAUGACUGCGUUGAUGGAUCUGACGAACCCGCCAACUGCACUCAGAUGACAUGUGGUGUGGAUGAGUUCCGCUGUAAAGACUCCGGUCGCUGUAUCCCAGCUCGCUGGAAAUGCGACGGAGAGGAUGACUGUGGUGAUUCUUCAGAUGAACCCAAAGAGGAGUGUG